AUGGGUGCUCUCCGAUGCCACCUCGCGCUCUUCUUCACGCUCUUGCUGCUCCCUAUCCACUCCGUCAGUCGCGUUUUCCUCGUGCAUUUACACCCUUCGAUUGACACGCAACUAGUUCCUCUUACACUGCAGCUCUCACGCUCGAAGCGUCGAAAAAAGGUGUAUCAAACCUUGUCAAGCGUCGUAAACGACGUGCAACAAAGCGUUUCUAGCUUUAUCGAGGCCCAAAACAAGGAUGCAGUCAAGGUUUUUCCUCUAUGGAUACAUAAUACGCUGGUGGUUCAUUAUCAAGAGGGCAAUACAGAGCUGGACAGGUUUUUCAAUCGAGAUCUUAAUGGAUUCCCAGGGGUCUUGGAAGUGGAAGAAGAUACUCAAGUGUUGAGAUUACUUGAAGCUCAUAAAGAAAACGAUAAUGAACAAACAGAAGACAAGAUUCAAAGGAACGUCAAGUUGCUACGUGCCCCGGAAUUGUGGGCAAAAGGAGUAAAGGGAAAAGGUAUCGUCGUGGCCAGUAUUGACUCGGGUGUGCGAUACACUCACGAAGCUCUGAGAGAUAACUUUAGGGGAACAAAAAAAGACGGCGUGGUUGAGUUCGAUUACUCCUUCUGGUUCACGCCGGGCACGGACAUAGCAAAGGAAACAUCAGAUACAGCGGAUGAGGUAGGCCAUGGAACGCACACGAUGGGGACGGCAGUGGGAAGAAAAGGAAUUGGCAUUGCUCCAGAGUCGACGUGGAUUACUGCACGAGCGUUUGAUAUCUGGGGUGCGGCAAAUAAAAGCGACUUCUUGUUGGCAGCACAGUGGGUGUUGUGCCCAACCAAGAUGGACGGGACGGGUGCAGACUGUUCGCUUGGAGCAGACGUGGUGACCAACUCGUUCGGCGUCGACCGAUCGACGCCUGUUUACCCGCAGUGGACGUGGCUGAGCAAAGUGAUUGAUACAUGGCGAGCGGCUGGAGUCUACCCAGUCUUUGCCAGUGGGAACACAAACGGGUUUUUAUGCGGGAGUGUGUAUUAUCCUGGUAGCCGCGAAGACACGAUUGCAGUGGGAGCAUUGAUUGGAGGAAUCUCACUAUGGGGCGCAAGCGGCAAGGGUCCAAGUUUGGAGAGUACACAGGGUUUUGAUAACGUGCCAAACCGUUCAAGCAGUAAGUACAUCAUUAAGCCUAAUUUUGUUGCACCUGGAGUUGGCAUUAGAUCGGCAAUGAGCGUUAAGGACAGCGCCUAUACUCGGCUCACUGGAACGUCAAUGGCGACACCACAUGUGGCUGGUGCUAUCGCAUUGCUACUCGGCUUAAAUCAUACAAAGCCGCCAGCGUACGAAAACAUCUUGCGGGGUCUUACCGAGACGACCACGCGCAACUUACACAAGCCUUUUCUCGUACCCAGCAAAUGUGGCAACACCACGUACCAGGAGUUCCCUAACAAUAUAUAUGGAUGGGGUCUGGUGAACGUAUGCUCAGCGGCGGAACACCUUGGUUUUCCAUGUGACGAUUCAAACACAACCUCGAUUCGACAAGGACAGUUCGUUACGCUUAAUGAUGUCCUGACGACCGAGUAA